CCCUCGCCGUCCCCCCCCCCCCCCGAGGCCCCGGCCCCGUCCCCGCGGCGGGGCGGGAGCGAGGGAAGAUGGCGGAGGGCCUGGAGCGCGUCCGCGUCUCGGCCGCCGAGCUGCGGGACAUGGUGGCCGCCCAGGCCCGCGCCGCCGCCGCCGGGGGGACAGAAAACGUGACGGAGGUGAAGGAGCCGAGGCACCGCAAAGACAACAGGCGCCCGGACCUGGAGAUUUACAAGCCUGGCCUCUCCCGGCUGAGGGGCAAGCUCGUGUCACCGAAGCACGAGGCCGCCGAGAAGGAGAGGAGCGGGGCCGAGGAAGGCAAGGAGGAGAGCGCUGCUGAGAAGGGCCCUUUGGCAGGAGGGGCUCCGGUCGCAGAGGACUUCGGCAAAGGCGACAGCCGCAGGCAGAAUGGCCCUUUGCAGGGGAACGAAGAGACGGAGGCUAAAGGUGGGCGCCAGAGCCAGGAGAGCUCGUGCAAACAGCCCGCUGCGGAUGAGUGGUGUCCCAAGACCACGAGGAGAGCCAAGAAGCCAGACCAGCAGAUCUACCAGCCCGGGAAGCGCCUGCAUUCGGUUGCCAAAGAACCAGCCCUGCGCUCAGCUGCCGAGGAAGUCUCCUGCAAGAUGGAGCAGCUGAGAGUCGAGGGAGACAAAGAGGCUGAGAAAGGUACCGGAAAAGACACCAGGAAAACCAAACCGGGCAACAGAGAGGGAAGCCAGGCCGGGGAAGGAGGGAAAACCUCGAGGGGAGAAAAAGGAAGACGGGCGGAGCGAAGCGACAGGCUGAGGAGAGCAAACGACGAGGUGAUGCAGGGGAAGCUGGGCUCCACGAAGCGCUACUCCCGCUCUGACAAGCGGCGCAGCCGAUACCGCACCUGCAGCACCAGCUCAGCCGGCAGCAACAACAGCGUGGACGGGGCCCCGCUCGUGGACGGGGUGGAGAGGCGGCAGGAGCGUGCCAGGGAAAGGGCACGUGCUAGGAAGCAGCUCUCCGCGUCCUCCACGGACUCCUUGGACGAGGACAGAAUCGACGAGGCAGAAGCGUACGUCCCCAGCAGGCUUGCAGACAAGAAGAAGCGUUCAGAGCAGAGUCGAGCGUCUCGGAGCGAGAGCGAGUGGAGCAGCAACGGCCGGGAGGCGAAGGGGUCCUUCCGAGUCACGUUUGACAGCAGGACCAUGAGCAGGGAUAUCAGCCUGGCAGACGCGGAUAAAAAAAAGCCCCCGAAGGCGUUUGCUGGUUGCAAUGACUCAGAGGCUUCGGAGGCGAGGAGCCAGAGCAGAGAGCCCCAGGGGAGGGGCCGCGGGAUCCUCUUCCUGCCCGCCAACACGGACCUCUCUGCCAGCACCGCGGGCUCCCCCGAACCCGGCCACCCCGGGCCCCGGCUGCUGCUCGCCGGCGCCGGGACCAAAAGCUCGCGAAGCCGGGGCCGAGGCGGCACUGCUCGCAGGCUGUGGGACCCCAACAACCCGGACCAAAAACCCGCCCUGAAGAGCCAGAGCGCUCAGCUCCACUUCCUAGACACGGACGACGAAGUGAGCCCCACCUCCUGGGGGGAAGCCCGCCAGGCCCAGACGUCCUACUACAAGUUCCAGAACUCCGACAACCCCUACUACUACCCCCGGGCCGCCGGGCAAGGCCCGCAGUAUCCGUACGGCGGCUACUCCCUGCAGUAUCCCGUGGGUCCGAGCAACGGGGUGUACCCAGGAGCCUACUACCCGGGGUACCCCGGCCAGGCGGGGCAGUACGUGUGCGGCCCGCUCCCCCCGGCCCCUCUGAGUCCCGAGAUGGAGCAGCAGAUGCGGAGCAUGCAGCAGCAGGAGCUCAGCAAGCUCCUGCGCGAGGCUGGGAACCAGGAGCAGCAGCUCAGCAACCUGCUUUCCAGAGACCGCAUCAGCCCGGAGGGGCUGGAGAAGAUGGCCCAGCUGAGGGUGGAGAUGCUGCAGCUGUACGAGCGGUGCAUCCUGACGGACAUCGAGUUCUCGGACGCGCAGAACGUGGACCAGCUGCUGUGGAAGAAUGCCUUCUACCAGGUGAUCGAGAAAUUCCGGCAGCUUCUCAAGGACCCUCUGGGGGAAAACGCCCAGGAAAUUCGGAUCAAACUUCUCCAGCUUCUAGAUGAGGGCACUUUGUUUUUCGACGGCUUGCUCCAGAAGCUGCAGGUGUCGUACCAGUUCAAGCUGGAGGACUACAUGGAUGGGAUGGCCAUCCGCAGUAAGCCCCUGCGGAAAAUGGUGAAGUACGCGCUGAUCAGUGCUCAGAGGUGUAUGAUUUGCCAAGGGGACAUCUGCCGAUACCGAGAACAAGCAAACGAUACAGCCAACUACGGAAAGGCACGCAGCUGGUACCUGAAGGCUCAGCAAAUCGCUCCCAAGAACGGCCGCCCGUACAACCAGCUGGCACUCCUGGCCAUAUACACGAGGAGAAAGCUGGAUGCUGUCUACUAUUACAUGCGCAGCCUGGCUGCCAGCAACCCCAUCCUCACAGCCAAGGAGAGCCUCAUGAGCCUGUUCGAGGAGACAAAACGCAAGGCGGAGCAGAUGGAGCACAAGAAGCAUCAGGUGCUGGAGCUGAGCCCCAGCCGCCGGGGGAAGGGCAAGAAGUCCACGUUGCGACAAGUCGGGGACGACGCCACGCGGCUGGAGAUCUGGAUCCAUCCCUCCCACCCCCGCUCCUCCCAGGGCCACGAGUCCGGCAGGGAUUCUGAGCAGGACAACGGUCUUGGGAACCUCAGCCCCAGCGACCUGAACAAAAGGUUCAUCCUCAGUUUUCUCCAUGCCCAUGGGAAGCUGUUUACCAGGAUUGGGAUGGAGACGUUCCCUGCGGUGGCCGAAGAGGUCCUGAGGGAGUUCCAGGUCCUGCUGCAGCACAGCCCUCCUCCCAUCGGAAGCACCCGCAUGCUCCAGCUCGUGGCAAUCAACAUGUUUGCGGUGUACAACUCCCAGCCCAAAGAGUGCCUCUCUGAGGACUGCCGCUCUGUCAUCCAGGAACAGGCCACGGCCCUGGGGCUCUCCAUGUUCUCCCUCCUGGUGAGGCGCUGCACCGACCUGCUGCGGGAGUGGGUGCAAGUUCAGCCACAGGAGGUGGAGCAGGAGGAUGAGGAGGAUGACAUCAAGGUCUCUGCCUUGCCCCAGGACCUGAAGGAGCUGCUCCCCAGCGUGAAGGUCUGGUCGGACUGGAUGCUUGGCCACCCGGACACCUGGAAUCCUCCUCCGACCUCUCUGGAGCUCCCCAAACAGGUCUCAGUAGAUGUGUGGGCGACGCUGGCUGACUUCUGCAACGUACUGACCACGGUGAAUCAGUCGGAGGUGCCCCUGUACAAGGACCCAGAUGACGACCUUGCCCUGCUCAGCCUGGAAGAGGAUCGGCUGCUCUCGGGCUUCGUUCCCCUGCUGGUCGCCCCCCAGGAGCCCUGCUACGUGGAGAGGACCUCGGACAAGCUUGUGACCCCGAGAGCCCGGGCUGGGGCAGGCAGGCACCGUUUGAAAGCCGCCACUUGGCGGCAACAACUGUUCGAGUCGCGGAGCAGCACCCAUCUAACCCCUCUUUUCACACACUCGGAGCUUCCCAAACAUUAACCUUUGGAUUAAAAUUUUCCAUGCUUCGUCUCUCCCCAGAUGUGAUGUCUGAGCUUUGGUUUGGGUUCAUGUUUUUCGUGUUUGCUGGGUUUGUGUUAUGGGAGAAUGAAAGAAAUACUUUUCCCAUUUAAAAAAAAAAUAUAUAGCCUCCAAUAUUUUUUUUUAUUAUCAUUAUUUCGGGGAUUCACCAAAAAUGGUUGGAGUUUGAGGCGUGGAGCUGCAAAUAGUUACCUCGGCUGCCAUAAGCUCACGUGGCGGGCACGCGGGGAGGUGUCGCGGCUCCAGGUGCGCGGUGCCUCCCGCGCAAUCCCGGCUCUGCGGCAGAGCCAGGAGAGCCCCGCUGUGAGCCAGGCUGAGUAACUCCAGAUCUGAAGGAGGAGGGCGGCUGCUUUUUGGUUUUUAGCUAAAAAAAAAAAAAAGAAAAAAAAAAAAGUUGUUUUUCAGGCUCCACACGUGGGAUCACGGAGCGCGGGGCUCGCUCGCUGCCGUCCCGCGCGGGGAGCCUCGUGGCACGCGUCCUGCUGCUCCCAGGGCUGCCCCCGCAGCAGGAGCUCUGCCUUGUUCCUCUGCUGCACCUCUCCUCCUCCGGAAGCCGACCGCUCCGGUCCCGCUGCCGACACCUCCUCGCGAGCUUUAGGGCUACCUCGGACACGCUGGAGCGCUCGGCGUUUCCCUGCGUUAUUUGUUUCUGGCCAAGCAGCACCCCUCGUCUCCUCUCCAAGUCUGUGCGCUGCUCAUCGGGUGGGGACCUGCUCUGUUCACACCAGUGCUUGUAAUGUCUGGCCUGCAGCUCUGCCAAAGGCCAAAAUUGGCUCUCCGUGCACGGCUGGAUCGCGAGGACAGUGUUAGAUGGAGGGUGGAGUGAGCGAAUACCCCUCUCUUCCUACUGUGCUUUCAGGAAAUGUCUCUAGCGCAGCUGUAAGUGUGAAUGAAGUCAAAAGAAUGGAUCGGUGCCCCCGCUCCAGCCCACCCCACUCGUCGGGGCCCAUCCAGAGUCCCCACCCUAUUGUUCUGGUUCAGCUCCUCCGUUUCAGGGCAGGGGCCCUGCUCUGCGCUCAGCAUCCCAGUCCCGGGAGGAGGAGCUCUGGAGAAAACAAAGACGCAGCGAACGGUUCCCCUCCCGCAGCCGCGAUCCCAACCCCUCGCUCCCUUCCCUAGGUGUGUUUGCAGCCGGCUGGAAGCGAGCGCCUGGGAGCCUCGGCCAUGAAUCACGUGCCAAAAGAGCCGAGUGUUCGCUAUAAGAAGCGGCGCUGGGCUCGCUGCUCGUCCUUAGAGUUAGCGCAGGAUCCACGAGGGCCGGAGCUCGGCUCCGCGCGUGGAGUUACCUCCGGUGGGCUCUCUUGGAGCAGCCCCUCGGCAAAGAGGACGUGGGUGCUCGGUCACCCGGCUCCUCCUAACGUCACCGGGAAUCCCCUAAGUGGCAGCAUUUCGCCGUAAAGCAAAACACCGAGGCGUCUGUCCCUCCCUGAAGUGGCUGCUGGCAGCGGUGCGAGCUGCUCCACGCCCUGCCGGGGCCGCUGGGAGCGCGCUGCCAGUGUGGUUCUUGUGGCGGGUGGAAGUGCCAGCACUGCCAGCAUCGCUGGGGCUGCGGUGUCGCAGCCGACCGAGCUGCGGUGGCAUUGUGCUGGUGUCAGUGCGUCGCCUCCCGUCUCCCCACCCUCUCUUUUCAAGGGAAUUCGGCUGCAGCCCGGACGAGCAGCCGACAGUCGGAGGAGCUCCUCCCUGCGGGCGGCAGCACGCCGGCCUGCCCCGGCCCUGCGAGCUGCCCCUUCCCGUGGCUUUCCCCUACUCGUUAUUUCAAGAAAAAGUUGCUUUUCUUGCAGUUGGCAAAGCCGCUUCUUGUUCAGGGGGAGCCGGGGUGCCCCGAGCUCCCCAGCGGUGCCUGGGGACGGCGACACGAGCGGCGCAGCCUGGAGUGGGCAGCGUCCCGCCUGGCUCCUGGCUCGUGGAGAGGAGCUUUCCCAUCCCCGUCCCGCUGCUCGGACUCAGGUAGCUGGUUCCUCCAACGUGCCCCAGGCACACGAUUGCCCUGUGGCUCGCAGAGGAGGAUGGCAGGACGUGUGUCACGGCUGGGGAGAGCCCCCCGAGCGCUGUGGCGGCUCGGGUCCCCUGGGGGAUACAAGCAGCCUUGCAGGAGCAGCGCGUACCACGCUGCUAGGCGUUCAAAAGUUGCCCUAGAAUUAGCGAGGCAAGCAUCCAAUUUGCGUCCUAGACGUGAAAAGUCUGAAGGAAAUGAAACACACACAACCUGGUGGAGUAACGCGGGGCCUGAGUCCAGUCGGCGUGCGUACGUUAACGCGGAUUUGGGGCUGUUUCACCCCCCAGCUCUGCCACAUGCCUGGCUCUGAGCUCGGGCAUCUUCAGCCCUCUGCGCCCUCAUCCAGCACAAAAAAGGCAGCGCUGAGUUCCCCUGGUGCAGGGUGCUUGGGAGGGACCUCCGUGGUGCUUUUUUGGUCGUGUUUGGCUGAACAGCCUUUCCUCUAUUCGGCACCGUCCAGCCGCGGAGACUUAACCACUCUGACCAGUUUCCCUAGAGCGGGAUCCCAGUUCAGCAGGUCCGGAUCGUGACCCUCUGAGAAUUGCUCGCGUUUGAGGAAGUGAAAACCCCGGCGGAGAGGCAGCGAGCAGCAGCCAGGUGGGAGCUGGGCAGCUCGAGGGGGUUUUAGCGGUUCUCGUUAAAACAGCCUCCCGCAGACUCCGAAAUCCCGAGUUUCCUAAAAGAAGAGGAGAAAAUUCCAAAGGCUUUCAUCCCGGUUCAAAUAUCAGCCGGGGCAAGGAGCAGUGGAAGUUGCAGUGGGAUCUCAGAUGACAUUCUCUGAAAAGCAAAGGGAACGGAGUGCGAGCAGGAGACGGCUCAGCCCGUGCCCUCGGCCUCCACACCUCUCUGUGCCUGUGCCGAGCACCAGGGGCCAGGGAGGGCAAAUUGUGGGGUCUGCCCAAGGAGCCCCUCCACUUCUGAAGCCUUUGGCACCUCCACGAGGUAUUUAAAUGACAGACAGACAUAUAGGGAUCUGUAAAUACUCCUUUGGUGCCAACUAAACCACAAAGAAGAUAGAGCAUUUGUGGUCCAAGGAAGUUUAAAUAUUUGUGGUCAAACUUAAAAUUCGACAUAAAACUCUCAUCUGCAGUGGAAGGCGUCCAGGAACUGCAUGGAGGACGUAUAAGCUGUGUAAACUCACAGAAACGGCUUCCCGGCCAGCUCUGCCAGGACGAGGCAGAAUAUUCCAGCUCUCACCUCGCCUCUCCUUCACGCCGCCGAGGUCAGACGGCAGGUUCGUGCGGGGCUUUCGCACCGCCCUGGGGAGAAAUCCUCCGUGCCCUGGGGGACACGGGCUAAUGGGAUGUUUUCCUCGCUGCCCAUAGGCACAUUGGAGGGGCGAGAGGUGGGAGGCACAGAUGGGGAAGGUGGGCGACGGAAGGGUUUGUCUCUUCGCGUGUUUUUUUUUGUUCUCGUUGCACAACAGCCCCUGCUCCUGAGCUCUGUCGUAACCCUUCCACCGCCCCACUUCCCACCUCUUCUGCUACCCCCCAGCCACGGGGGUCCUGUCCCGUGGGACAGGAAUCACUGAGUUGUGGGUCACAUCACGGGGCAGUCAUCUCCGUGGGGAAGUCCUUGCGAAAGAGCUCGUGGUACCGGCGAGAGCGCACCGCCUGCUCCGUCCCGCCUCGGUGCACGACGCCUCCGUCCGCGCAGAGAGGAGCGAGGGCGGCUGCGGGCUCUGGGGGGGCUGUGCUGCAUCUCCCCGUGCCGGGACGGCCCAGCUGCUGGGCAGGGGACGUCAGGGCAUCCUCCAGGCUCGGGAGGUGCCUUCUGAAGCGGGGAGGUUUCAGCAGCUCCCCUCGCUCAGCCGUGCACGACGCGUUUUUCCACGUACCCUGGAGAAGGGCUCUCGGAGAGCACCGUUGAGGUGUGCAGUCUCGAUGUUGGUCUGAGUGUUCAUCAGCCUCGUUUCCCAAAUGCCAGGAGAGCUGGAUUCAGGUUCUGGUGAGGGGCAGCUCUUCUGGUCCCAGCAUGGCCCCACGGGCAGAGGUACCCAGGAAGCACCAGGGGCAGAGGCCAGGGGACAGACUGCAGCCUGCAGAGGAAGGGCAGCGCGUGGCUGCGCGGAGCGGAGCAGUCCCCUUUCCCUUACUAAGCAAUCCUCCCUUCCUCCACCGAAGAGCCUGCUAACCACUUUCUUAUCUUUCUUAACUCUGCAAAACAAUCUCUGGCAAGGCAGGCAUCCUCCGAAAUGGCAGAGGAAAUAAAUUCCCCCAGUCCCUGAAAAGGAAAAGAUCGGAGGCUCUUGCAGCAGGGAGAGCAGCCCCUGCCCUGAGAGCGCCGAUGUUGGUGCCACGUUGGCUCCAGCGAGGAUAUGGGUCUUGCCUUCCUCCUUUCCUAGUCUGAGACCAUGGUUUGGGGGCAGAUUUGCAGGGGCUUGGCUUCCCCGGUUAGUGUUUUCUGUAGGAUCUGCAAGGGAGGAGCAGAGUGGGCUCUCUCAGACUUGUCUUGGCAUCGCUCUGCUUGAAUUUUUCUCCUUUUCCCCUGGGAAGCCGGGGGAUGUGCUGGGGGCUGGGGGUGCUGGCUGUAACAGGGAGUCCCUGGCUGUCACUUGCAGUUUCUCCUGGACUUGUCUGCCUCUUUCACAGGCCUGCUUGAAAGCUGGGGUUUUUCAGUCCCUUGCUCUCCCGCCCAGCAGCUGAAAUGUGUGGUCCUGUGCUCAAGGAGGGCAAAAAUGCCCCAGGUGAUCCACAGCUGGGGGAAGUUGUUUUCCCAGCGCUGAGCAGUGGCCUGCAGGCGCAGCUUGGCUGCAGGUUGCAGGAGCGCUUUCUGCCAUGGAAAUCCCUGCAGCCUUCUACCAGAGGCAGCGUCCUGCGAUGCAGGGAAGCUCGCAGCCCUCGCUGUGCUGCUGGAGCACAAGGAGAUCCCAGCCCGGAGCCACGCUCGCCAACCGGACAAAACCCUGCAUCGCUCCCGAGACCUCCUGUACCCACAUCGUCUUCCCAGGGACGUUUCCCCCAUGCUGAAGUCGUUCUCCUCUCUCAGUUUGCCACCACCCAGUGGGAACGGGCCGGCGGGGUAGCCCUCAGCGUGCCCACCACCCAGCUGCAGGCUGUCGGAUGCAGCCUGGAGCCAUCCCCCGUGCCGCGAGCGCCGCUGCUCCCUGGAGAGGAGCUGGAGAGAGGAGCGGACAAAACGAUUCCUCAGCGCGUUAACAGGUGAAUAAAACAUCAGGGCGAGUCUUUCCAAACGUCAGGCAAAGCCAAAAGCUGGGUUUGGAAGCCAUCAGAAACUUUCCUCUGUGGAGCUGGGAAGCUCCUCACACUUCAGAGCAGCAACCGGUGCCGGCGGCCGUCCCAGCCAGCGCUCCGGUCACCCCGGGCACGGGAGCACGGGGCUGGACGAUGGCUUUCCAGCCAGAGCAGCUGCUUUGGUGCUGACUUUUCCGGCAGGAACUGCUGGUGGCGAGGUCUUGCAGUACCCUCAGGUGUGUUUUGGGGUGCACAGCUUUCCCCAACCUUGUGGCAAGGCGGGACCAAGGAGGGAAGAUUGGAGAGGAGCUGGGAGAGGUGCUGUAGGGCAGUGCCAGGCUGUGCCACCGCACGAAGGGUUUGAGGGGCGCAGAGUGGGACCUGUGGCAGUGCGGGUGUCUUGGUUGGAGUUUUAUCUUUCUUCUGGCCUAGAUGAGUACAAAUUCAAUCUGUGUUCCUGCCCCACAACCACCAGGUGCCAGUCAGGGGGAGAGCUUGCCCCUUGGCAGAUGGGCAGCUCUGGGGAGCGCUGCUGGCUUGGCACACCCCUGCAGGGCUCCCCUCCUCUGGUUGUCGAGAGCAGGCUCCAAUCCCCAGAUGCACCCACAGCUUCCGCAUGUCUCUGGUGGGUCUUCUUUAUCUCCUUCAUCUCCUAGAGCUGCCAAGUACCAGCACGUGGCUGCAGUUUGAGGACAUGGUAGCAAUCUGUGCGGGCUACUCUGGCCAUAACUGAUCUCUGGCACCAAAAAUUGGAUGCCUCAGCCCAGGUCUAUCCUCUCCCCAGCUUUGCGCCUUCGUAUCAUCCAUGUUUCUUCUCUGCAUCUCGGCCUGGCACACGCAAGGCUGGUCUUAGCCCAGCAAACCCUCAUGUUGGGCACUUGGCUCCUUUUCCAUGCUGCUUUCCAGGGCUGGAAUGAUGGAAGCGUUCACCAGGCUGAGAGCACAGCUGCUCCCUUGACUCCCCUGAGACCGCGCUCCAGUGGAGAGUGCAGUGGCUGGAGCUGUGCUCUGCAAGGCAGGGCUGCUGGGAGAGAGAUGUGGCCAGGCUGUGGUCUGUGCUUUCUCUUUGAGGAGCCACUGCUUUGCAAAAAGUGCUUCUCCAGCAACGGUGAUGGGAAGGAGCAGCCAGAAAGGUACCUCCGAGCUUCUCCAUCCUCCCCGGGGCACCUUCCAAAGUGCCUCGAGACUGCUGUGCUGGGGCGGGAUGGCAGCGCCGUGGUUGUGCUCCCAGGUCGUGCACCGAGGUGUGCACAUGGGAGCUGCAUCCUCCGAGCCUGCUUGCGGGGUUAGGCAACGUCAGAAGUGUCUCUGAGAGAAGCUGUGGCUGAAGUCAGCCCUCAGCUGCAGAAACCAGGGUUGUGAACCAGCUGUGAGCGCUUCUGCCCAGCCGUGGCAGAUGCUUUGGUCCUACCCAGGUGGCCUGAAUCUGGGGCUGGGCAGGGCGAGGGACUCCUCGGCCACGUCCUGGCAGUGGAACAAGCCCAGAGAUGCAGGGCCGGGAUAAGCCAGGGUUAAACCCAGCCCAGCUUUUGCAUGGGACGGUGAGCUGUGAACCCAGGAGGGAUGACAGCAAACCCAGCUCUUCCCUUUGAGCUCCUGCAGCUCGCUCUGCUGCCCUCUGCACCUCCGAGCUGCCUCCCGGGGGACGGGAGGAGGCUCAGGGGGGAGAAGGAGGCUCAGGGUGUUGGGAAGCAUUUAGCCCCGGCCUCGGGGCGGUUCAGCAGGGGCACCGCAGGUGUUUCACCUGACUCGUGCAGGCACCGCGUGGUUUAGGUUGUUCGGGGCUCACCUGGUGUAAGCACAGAGCGGCUGCCUCACUCCCACCAAGCUGCGUUUAAGGCAAUGUGGCAAAAAAGCAGCAUUAUCCCCACGCUGGGUCUUGCUUGAGCUUAGCUCUGACUCCCGGCCCUGUCCCAUUCCCGGGAUGGGAUCUCUCUGUGCUGUGACUCAAGCUCCUCAUGUCCCUUUCCCCUCCUGACUCCAGCUGUGGGGACGUGCUCGUGUCUCCCCCUCGCACACAGCAGUGCCGAGCCGGGGGUGGCAGCGCAGCCUCCGAGCAAAAACCCUUCUCCAGCGCCGCUUCCUCCGGUGUGUUUGAGUCCAAAGUUUCCCCGAGCAGAGCUGCUGGCGUGCCUCAUGCCUCAGAGCAUGCGGGACGGGGGCAGCCCUCCGUGGACCGAGUCAGUCCCUCCUGGAGGUGGCGGGUCCCCCGGCUGAGCGCGGCUCCCCGGGCCAGCUGGCUCGGCCGCCGCAGGCUCCUCGGAGCAGCCGAAGGAGCCUGCAUUCCUGCCUCGCAGUUAUUUGCUCUUUAGGACGCUGCGUAAAAUUAACAAGUUGUAAAAGCUGAUUGAAGGCGGCCAUGGGUGUGACAGCGAUUCGCCUGGCUGCAGGGAGGUGCUGAGCCGCGGGGCCGCCCGCUGCGGGCGCUGGGGGUGACAGGGCAGCCCCCGACGUGCCUCUGACCUGGAGUGAGAGCAGGGCUGGUAUGUGGCAGUGUCACCCUGCCGGCCCCAGGUGCUUUUGUCCCCUGGGCACAGUGCUGGGACCGGGUCCCUUCCCUCCCCUCGAAUCCCAGCAGGACACGCGCUGCGUCUCCUCCACGCCACCCCGUGCGUCAGCACCAGCUCUGGCUUCAUCUUGCUGAACACCAUCACGCAGCACUUGGGGCAGGCUUUCCCUUCAGCAUGGUUUAC